AUUUUCACAACAAAAAUAGAAUGGCAUUUCUGUCAUUUGCGUUUUGCAAAAACGCAAAAUCCCGCUUUACAUAAUAACAUAGUCGUUUUCAUGUUUUUCAUUAUCAUUAGUUGAAAAAUAGAUAUUAUUGCAAAUGUACAAGAAUGAUUUAUGAUCUUUCAGACGGUUAUAAGUCUAGUGUGAUCGAAGAAGGGUGCUAAUGUUAAUAUUUUUUGGAAACAAAGACAAUCUUCUGUAAACUAAAUAAUGAAUACACAAGUUAUAUUAUAUGCAAUUUCAAUAGUAGGUGCAGCAGCAUUGGCAAUUUAUACGUCAUAUAGGCAAUAUCAAAACACCCGUACUCCUUACGAAUUCUUAUUAAUUCCACCUACUGAGCCUCCAGAACCUCGCUACAGAUCACCUAAGACAAAUACUACAAAAAAGGAGAGAAAAGCUUUCCAGAACAGAAACGAUGAUGAUUGCACUAUAUGCCUGGGCUCAUUGGGAUUGGGAAUCCUGGUUAUUAUGGAAUGUGACCAUAUGUUUCAUAGGACAUGUAUUACGGAUUGGUUGAAAGAAAAGAAUGAGUGUCCUAUAUGCAGAGCAGAAGUAUCCUACCAUUGAUACCAAGUCUUUUUCUAAUUUUAAUUAUAUUUAUCAUUUGGACGAAAUGCCUUGGUACAAAUUGUUUUAAAUUUUUGUGUGCAUAAAAGUAUAGUGACUUGUUUGGAAUAAGUUGAUAUAUGAUAAGGAUUUAGAUAAUGACAUGUACAGAAAUUUUAAAUUUCCUAAUUCAGAUAAGUUAUGAUAACUUAUUCAAUAAUAAAGGUGAUAAUUUUUC